GCUUGCAGCAGCCUUUUGCUGGACGCACUGGCGGGGCCCGGCGGGGGGCGCGCGGCUUCCAGCUCCUCGCAGAUGUGCGCGAGCCGCCGAGGUCUCUUCCGAACCCGCCGCGCUGAUCGAGGGAUGGCGGCGCCCUUCCUGGUCUCCCUGUUGGUCGCCCUGGCCGGCGCCGCCGAGCUCGGCAAGGAGGGCAGCGUGGCCUUCGCGGACGAGAUGCGCCUGCGCGUGCAAGCCAACCUCCAGUCGGUGCUGCCGCUCCCGUGGGACAGGAUCGAGGACAGGGACUACAUGGGCUUCAUGGCCCACCUGCCCAUACUCGAGGGGGCUAACACCACGUCCGUUGUGUCCGAGGACCUGGGCUCGACAAUUGCCCUUGUGUCGUUCAAGCUGCAGGAGCGAUUCGCCCCCGCAGCCGCUUCCAUGUUCAGGCCGAUCGAAGGGUGACCAGAACGUUUACAUCUCACGUGUGUGGAUAUUGUGUUGCCUCCCGGGGUCGUCGGAUACGCUAAGAGACAUCUUUGUAUGGGGGUCAUCCUUGGGGACCUGUGAUGAAGCAUGUUGAGCAGCCGCAGAGACAUGGCAUGCCAACGUGACAAUGUUUGCCGCCAUUUGGGGGAAACUUACCCACAGGAUAAGCAAACACGAGAGGCGAGCGUCCCUGACGGAUGUAAAUUGUCAGGCCUUUGUGAUAGUCCCCAGUUGGCCCGGCAUCUGCGCAGGCCACCGGGGGAGCUGCUGCACCAAAGCACCGUGCUCCUUCGGCAAAGGUUGAUAAUUCGUGCCCGUCGCCCGUGCGUGGCGCGUCCGUCUUCCCGCCUCACCUCACCUAUCCACCUGCAUUUUUUCCCCCGCCCUCCCUGGCACUGGCCGCCAAAUGCAUCCCAGUUUGCGGCGAACUAGUGGGCUCCUGAAAGCGUGUGUACGCUUGACUUCGGCCCGGGUUAACGGGAAGCCGGACAAGAUCGUCUUCUGAUUUGGCCAAGCUGCCACGCUCUCGGCCCAGACCAGGGCACCAUCGUCGCGUUCGUCCCGCAACUCCAGGGGUAUCCGAACCGAUGUUGGGCCAUGUUGUGCUGCUCGUAGAGGGCUUCCUCACAUCCCUCAAGAUGGGGAGGCACCGCGUGACAGGAUUGCAGCGGGAGUGGGACUCCCCUCCCCCCUCCUCCCCUACUCCUCUCCCUUGCUUGUUGUUCUGUCAUGCGAUUCUCUUAAAUUCUUUGCGUAUCGCCACCCGCCCAUCCAUCCAGCAGCGAGGCCUAGGCGAUUUGCGUUGAUUAGGG